AUGCCAGAAGUAGCAGAGGUUGCUCACGUAUGUGCGCUCCUUCGCCGCAACGUCUUGGGCUUCAAGAUUAAGGAGGCGAAACUCAAUCUUGAUAAUUUGCUCUUCCCUGCUCUCAAGACAGCCAAAGACCCAGAAUCCACAUUGAGCAAAUUCACUGAGAUCUUGACGGGUUCAACAAUCUCUUCCAUUGGUCGCCAUGGCAAAUAUUUCUGGAUGAGGCUUCUCAAGCCUUCGCAGGAGCCCACCGUUAUGUUGAUGCACUUUGGCAUGACUGGAAUGAUUAAGCUUCGAGAUAUCGAAUCACAUUUGAUCUUUAUGGAAGGUGGAGGUGACAAAAAGGUUCUUGACAGGAUUGUCCAGAAGGACUUAUCUGAGGGAACUACCGAAGAUGAAAAUUCCACGAAAAAGGGUCCCAAAAAAGCGCCCAUAGAGACAGACGCCCAGGCUGAGUGGCCUCCAAGAUUCACGAAAUUCGAGUUGAAGCUAGAGAUUGGUAAUUCAGAAGAAAAUGCUCAAAGUAAUGGCAAUGGUACUGAGCAGGUGUUUAAGACGCUUGACUUUGCUUUCACUGAUCCUAGAAGGCUAGGGAGGGUACGUAUACUCAGUGGGCCAGAGUACGCUGCAGACGAGUCGUUGAUGCAACAGGAGCCUCUUAAAGCGCUUGGCCCGGAUUAUCUGAAAAGCGCAGACUCGAUCUCUGUGAAGAAAGAGGAAUCUAAAGGAAUAGAUACCUUUCACUUUGGAGAUCCAGAUCCUCACCAUCAUGGAAAACCGCGUCUCUCGCAAGAAGAGUUUGCUAAGCUUGUUCUCAGCAAGAAAAAAGCGAUAAAGUCUUUGCUUCUUGAUCAAGAACACUUUGCCGGUGUGGGUAACUGGGUGAGUGAUGAGGUUUUGUACCAUGCCAAGAUCCAUCCAAACGAGACGAUCUCGAGCAAAUUGGAUAAUCCUUCUGAUGAAGUACUCCAGGCCUUAUAUGACGCGUUGAUCUACGUGAUGGAAGAAAGUGUACGUGUGGAGGGCAACGUGCACAGGUUACCUGAACACUGGCUCAUGAUUUACCGCUGGGGCAAGGGUAGGAAGGUGAAGGCCAAAACGAAAGCUGGUCAUGUCGUGGACCAUAUAACUGUAGGAGGGCGCACAAGCUGUUUCGUUCCCCAGAUACAGAAGCCAUUAAAGAAGAAGAUUGGCAAGGGGCUUGAUGAGCAGCAAAGAAAGCGGUUGAAGUCAUUCAAAAACGAAGACGACCUAUGA